UACAACUCUCUAAUGCUGUGUUAAGCUAAGAAAAUCAAAAUUUGCAGCUUUUAUUUAAAAAUUUAUUAAUGCGAAAUUAGUGUGCGGACGAAAGUAAAAGUUUUGGUAAUCACGCGAUUUAGUUCGGAAGGUAUGUUCAGUAGAUAUCAACAUUUCGCUGUAGUGGAUGUGAGCGUCAAUCCAAGUGCAUAACUCGCUGUAUUUCUGCAACAAUUGCAUUACCUGCUUAGCGGCUAGUUGGAUUAUACAGGAUUUCUGACUUUUCCUGACAACAGUAAUAAUAAAAUUGUUGCAUUAUGUCCAAUUUUGAGAAGGAAAUUGUGGAUGAUUUUUUUAAAUCAUUAGAUAAUGUAGCUAUUAAUCUUCAUUCCAAGAAGAAAAUUAGCUCAGAAAUUAAUAAUGUGGAGUUGAAGAAACAGCCUGAGCAGCAGUUGGUCAAUGUUGUUGAUGUUAAAGGCGUAGACGAUCCAGGAAUAUCUCAAGUAGUAGUCAAUAGUGACAAGGUUUCAGAAGUAAAGCCGUUAGUAGGUGCUGAAAUUGAAUUGACCACCCCAGUCACUGAUAUGAAACCAGGUGCAGAACAUGGCAUAAUUCCAAAAACCAAUCUUGGCGUCAAAGUUAAUGACUCAAAAGUCAAGGUUUCUGUAGCUGUUAAUCCUCGUGUAGAAAAGAAAGUUGUCUUAGAAAUUAACAACAUGAAGUUAGAAGAUCAGUCUGAGCAGCAGUUGGUCAAUGUUGACGCGAAAGGCUCAACUUAUCCAGAAGCUCAAAAAGUAGUCAAUAGCGAUGAGGUUUUGAAAGUAAAGCCGUUACUGAUAGAAGAAAUUGAAUUGACCACCCCAGCCGCUACUGCUAAACCAGGUAUAAGAUCAGGUGUAGAACACGGCGCAAUCCCGAAAACUAAUUUUGGCGUCAAAGUUAAAAACUCAAAAGUUGAAGUUUCAACAGUCAAAAAUAUCGUCUCCAACGAUUCCAGUUCAUCUUCAACCAGUGAUAUCGAUAUAACAGAAACCACUGCUGAAAUGUUGUAUGUACGUUGUUUAUAUAAUCGAUUAUCAAUAGUAAUGGAUGAUUUUAACGAAAUGAAGGAAAUAGUUUCUGGACGCGAUCGUUUUGAUGAAGACAAGUUUAUAAAUUCAUGCCGCUUCUUUGAUUUCAGUGCGAAAUCAUUUUACAAUUAUCUACUCAAAGCCCGUGAUAUAAUUUCUGAAAGUAAAUUUAAAAACUUUAAAGUAAUGUUGGAUGAAUAUUUUAGUUUAAAUCUGCUGUUACGCAAAAGAGUCCUCACAAAAAGUAACAUUAAGCUAACUGAUAAGCUAAAGGUAUAUCUAACUUCUAACGAGAAAGACUUUGAGCGUAAAAAUUGGACUCAAGUACAUCGUGAAAAAACGCAUAUUAUUUUACGUGAGGAUGACCUUCAAAAGACCAUGAUUGAAUUAGCUAAUCUUAUAGAUUGUUUAGUGGAAAUACAAGGUAUAUCUCAAACGCUUUAUAUUAGAGAUUGUACGAACACUGUGUUUCUGUGCGGCCCAACCGUAAAGUCUGCUUUUGUUAAAGAUUGUUACAAAUGUACAUUGUUUCUUGCAUGUAAACGUCUUAAGAUUGAGAACUGCAAAAGAUGUGACUUUUAUGUGCAAGUAGUGCAAGACACAACUCUGGAACAUUCAAAAAAUAUAAGAUUUGGUUACUACGAAUAUUGUUAUCCUAAAAUUGAAUCUGAUUUUAAGAAGGCUCGCCUGUGCAUGUAUGAUGAGGGAAGUAGUGUAAUUAAUGACUUGAGCUACGAGGAAUCUAAACCACCUAAUUGGAGCUAUUUCGAUGAUUUAGGUGAUAGACCAACAUCAAAAGAGUUUAAGAUGAAAGUUAUAGCAGGCUUACGCCAGGAUACUGAAAUAAUUGAUGAUGAAGCACCAUUCAUAUGUGUGCCAGGAGCUGAAACAAAUCCUGAGUUGUUCGAUGUCAAAUCUAUUGGCCAAACCACCAUUCCUAAGAUUGGUAGUGUUGCAGACAAUACAAGCAUUACUAAGAACGCAGUAUUCUUUGAAGAGUUAGCAAAGCAAAAGAGUGGGAUUACUAUACCUUUAAGUUCUUCACAAGUCAAAGAUAAUAAUUUAACAAUUUUCGACAAUCCAGCAACAAGUGUCAAGCAAGUGCAAACUAAACAUUCCCAAACAGUUGACAUGGUUGGUUCUAAAAAAACUGCAAUCGAUAAAGACAAAUUUUCAGAUACGUUAAAUGCAAGCCCAAUAGUCCCCAAUCUUUUUGCUGUGGAAAACAAAGAAAAUCGUGGUAUAAAUAAGGAUCUUGCCAUUAAGGAGCAAAAACAAAGCAAAGCUAUUUUAUCUUCAAAUGAUUCAUUACAUAUUGAUCCAACCAGGAAGGACACAUAAAAAUAUAUUAUUUAAAAUAGAAUUGUUA